AUGCCAUGUCAAAACUGUCUCUGUUGCUUGACAUGUCCGUGUUGUCCAGGAUGUAAUUGUUGUGCUUGCUGCGCAAGAUUUCGGCGACUCUUAUGUAACAGACACUCAAAGAGAUGUUGCUUAUGUUGGCAUUUCGUGUGCAGCAAUGAGAGGAACUGUGACUGCUGCUACUGCCCACAUAAUGAAGAUUCCAGGUGCCAGUGCUGCCACUGCUCAUGCGCAGAGAACCCCAACUGUCGCUGGUGCUGCUGCUCGUGUGCUAAUAACAGACACUGUAAGUGGUUCUGCUGUACGGAUGAAAACAAUGACUGUCAGUGCUAUGAAAGCAGAUGCUGCAAUUACCUUACCUAUUUACCAUAUACAUCUAGAUCCAGAGCCAAAAGGAGCAGCAUUACUGGUGAUCCAUCUGUUAUUUCUCUGGAUAAGGAAGCAUCAGGACAUGCCUUUAUUGACCAGCUUGUUUGUCCGCUGUGCCAACGGUUGUUUCUCCGCCCAUUCAUGUUGCCAUGCAAUCAUUGUAUUUGUGAUGGCUGUAUACUGCGAAGCCAACUUCAGUCUGAGAUUACAGAGAAUUUCUUCAUCAUCACAUGCCCAAUUUGCAAAAAAGCGCACUGCCUGCCAUUCACUAAGAAAAUACAACUGAGGAUUAAUUACCUAAGAGCCAAAUUGGCUAGGGCAUAUAUGCGCCGAUAUGGUUUCCUGAGGUGGAGAUUUGACAGAAGCCAUGAACCAGUCUAUUGCCAAGUUUGUGAUGAACGACGCAGGGCCACCAAGAGAUGUGUGACAUGUCAAUUGAAUUACUGUAACAUUUGCUUGAGGAAUUGCCAUCAGGAUAUCUCCUUUCAAAAUCAUGUCUAUGCCAAAAUUGAUGAGGAAAUUUGGGAAGAAAGAAACUGCAUGAUACAUUCUGAUUCACUGAUCUCCAAAUACUGCCUUGAUGACCAUGAACUAAUUUGUGAAUAUUGUGCUGAUGCACAACAUACUGAUCAUGACACGGUGUCUUUGCCAAUAGCAUGUUCAAAGAUGUCUGCUGCAUUAUUCACUGCAAUUGCAAAGUUUAAAAAAGUCCGAUUUAUAAUUGAUAAUGAUCUGAUGGAGAUUCUGGUAUUAAAAAACAAUUUUAAGUCCUACAAGGAAACAAAAAGGAGGGAGAUACGGAAUGGUUUCAUCAGGUUACGGAACAUACUCCAGGAUCGGGAGAAAGAGUUAAUGGAAGCAGUGGAAAACCUGGAGAUUCAAAAACAGCAGGCACUGUAUGAGUUUGCAGAAUACACAACAAAGAAAAUUCAUGAGAUGGACAGCCUUAUGCAGUAUUCGAAGGAAGCUUUAAAGGAAAACAGCCAAAUUUCUUUCCUUCAAUCAGCAAAUUCUCUCAUAACUGAAAUAGAGGCUUCGAUUGCUAGUAUUUACCAACCUAGCCCACAUCUCAGGGAAGACCCUAUUAAGUAUCUUAAAGUCAACUUUGAGGAACUUGCAGUCAACUUACUCAAUAUAUUCCCAUCAUUUUCAACUAAACUAUAUUAUGAAAAACUAAACAAAUGUCCUUACCCUUGUAGUUCUGAUGUUAUGAUCCCAAGGAUUGUUUCCAGUGCGCACGUCCCAAGCUCACUACCAAUGACCCAGAGUCAGUCAUUAUCAUCAUUUAAUUCAUUGACUGAUCAAAGUAUGAUAAACAAUGACUUGCGUAUAAGACCCAGAUCAUUACCUGGAGCUAAUGUGAGAGAUAAUGGCAUUUAUGCAAUUUGGCAUGCAACAUCAUCAGAUACUGAACGAAAUGGGAAGAACUAUGAAACUCGUGGUAUUUAUUACAAUCCAGAAUUACUUGGAGAAACUUCUUCUUCAGUUCCUGGACUUAUUGUUAUUUACCAAACACUUGUUUAUCCAACUGUGGCUAAGAUUUACUGGACAUGUCCUACAGAAGAAGUAGAGAGCUUCCAAGUUGCAUACUACGAAGUAAUUGAUGAAGGUGUGCCUGAGCAUUUAAUCGAGCCACAGCUUGUGGGAGUACUUACGGGGAUUGUACAACAGAAUCUGGAAAUACAUAAUCUGUCACCUAAUACAGAAUAUCUCUUUAAAGUUCGAGCUGUCAAUGAGAAUGGACCAGGCGAAUGGAGUGAUAUUUGUAAGGUGGUGACUCCAGAAAUGCGUGGGAAAGUCAAAGGCAAAUGGGGACUGCUGCGACAUGUUCAGUCUGCUUUCCAAAGACAAUCCUGA